GGGAAUCUCGGAGGCAUGGGGGAGGGGGAAGGAUGUUUCUCCACCCCCCAACCCCCCAUGUCUGUGGUGAAGUCAAUUGAAUUAGUGCUGCCCAAGGAUGUGGUCUACCUGGCUGGCUCCAGCAUAAACGGGCAGGUGAUUCUGAGCCUGAACAGCACCCUGGUGAACCCCAUAGUGAAAGUGGAGCUCGUGGGAAGGGGCUACGUCGAGUGGAACGAAGAGAUCGGGGCAUCCCGCGAUUACAGCAGAGACGUGAUUUGCAACAACAAGGCAGACUACGUACAUAAGACAAAGACGUUCCCAGUGCAGGAUAACUGGUUAAGUGCAGGCAGCCACACCUUUGACUUCAAUUUCAACUUACCUCCCAAGCUUCCCUCAACGUUCGCGAGCAAAAUUGGCAACGUCUUCUACUUCGUGCAAGCUUCCUGCAUGGGCCGGGAACACAUUUUAGCCAAGAAGAGGACUUACUUACUGGUUCAAGGGGUUUCGAACCUUCGCAGAGAAACCCUAUUCCAGAACCCUCUCUGCGUGGAGGCCAAGAAGACAGUCUCCUACAACUGCUGCAGCCGGGGCACCAUCCUCCUGCGCAUCCAGAUGGAGAGCAACGUGUUCACGCCGGGGGACAGGGUGGUGUUCACCUCGGAGAUCGCCAACCAGACCGGCAAGUGCAUCCGGGCGGUCAUCUUCGCCCUGUACGCCCGCGUGCAGUACGAGGGCUUCACGCCCGGCGCCGAGCGGCGCCUGCGGGCCGACAGCUGCGAGCUGCUCCGGCAGGAGGCCAACACCCAGAUCACCCCCUUCGACACCACCAAGAUCGUCAGCUCCUUCAACCUGCCGCUGGUGCUGUCUGUGAACGACAACACGUGGGACGGCGAGAUCAUGCACACGCACUACGAGCUGGUGGUCACCGUGCACCUGCCCUGGUCGCUCAGCAGCAUCAAGGCCAUCGUCCCCAUCGUCAUCACCAGCGCGGCGGCGGGGUCCACUCACUCGCUGGGCGCCACGAGUGAGGCCGAGCCCGGGAGCCAGGAUCCCCAGAAUUAAGUGUCCAAACUUCUAAAUAUUAAAAGCUUUAUCAGACUCUCUA